AUGUGUACAGAUCAGGCAGGUGGUCUGAAUAAGUUUGAAUCAAAUGUCCAUGACGAAUUACCACUACGCAGCUUGUCAGGAACCAACCCACUUAUGGAUAGCUUUGAUGUUUACCAUCAUUCCGCAUACAAAUCGUCAACAAAUGAGUUCUUAGAAAAGCCAAGAAUUGUUGUUGAUAGUAUAAAAAAUGGUCUUACAUCUCUUCAUCCUAAUAAUAUGUCAACUCGAGAAGAAAUGUCUUCCUUUAAAUCGCUGAAUAUAGUUUAUACAACUCAAAGUAAUUCGAAUCAGAUUCAGAGCAAAUUAAUCAAUACUAAUAGUAUAACAACAGAAAUGGGUUCUGUUAAUUCGUUGAACGAUAAUGAUUAUAGAAAAAUAGAUUUAGAAGAUGGAACAUCAACGUUUGGGAAUUCACACAAUACUCCAACUGAUAACAACAAUGAUUACCUAAUAAGAAUCAAUAACAAGACGACAAAUCUGCCUCUUAACUCAGAAUUCCCUAGCAAAACACAAUAUGUGAACUCAUCAAUGUUGUCUGAGGACUAUAUGUAUAGACGUAACUCAAAUGAUCAUGGAAAUAUGAAUGAAAUUAAUCAGUACGCUGGAAAUUAUGAAUCCAAAAUCUUUAAUUCAUUUUACAUUCCACCUUUUCCAAAUGAUUUGAAUACAGAGUCUUGUUUAAACUCAACAAUGGACAAGUCCACUUGCUUAAAUCAUGGGAUGAAAUCGAGACCUCAGGGUUCUGGACAGAUCCAGCUAUGGCAGUUCCUGUUAGAACUGUUGGCAGAUAGUCAAAAUAUAGCAUGCAUCACGUGGGAAGGAAAUGAUGGUGAAUUCAAGUUACUCGAUCCAGACGAGGUGGCAAGACGAUGGGGUGAGAGGAAGUCAAAGCCGAAUAUGAAUUACGACAAACUGAGUCGUGCUCUACGGUACUAUUACGACAAAAAUAUUAUGACUAAAGUACACGGAAAAAGAUAUGCAUAUAGAUUCGACUUCACAGGUCUUGCACAAGCUAUGCACUCAUCGUGUUCGCCAACUUCUUCCCGUGGAUUGUUGACGUCAUCACCAAUUCGUGGAACACUUCCAGACUGUCGGCGACUUGGAUCAAAGGGUGGUGAAAUUCCAGAUAAAUCCAGGAUUUCAUGGAAAAAUAUCCAAGUUGCUGCAGCCGCAGCUGCAGCAACUUGUUAUUUAAAUUGUCCUAAUAAACAGCUAUCAACUUCAUUCAGUGAUAUAAAUGAUCUCACUUCCUGCCCAUUGUCUAAUUUGCAGAGGAAUAAAAUUUCCAACAACGGAUUUUCAAAAACGCACCAAACCAUAUUACGUCUUUAA